AUGAACGAGGGUGAAACCUUCAUCCGGCCGCUGUUCCCCUCUGAUCUUGAACAGCUCAAGGCGUUGCACGAGGCCUGCUUCCCCAUCCAAUAUGAGAAGCACUACUUCCAGAACGCGGUGCAUGGGAGGGCUGGCAUGCGCUCCUGGGCUGCCAUACAUCCCUGCAGGACUAGCGGGGAUGCAGAGGAGGCGCGGUCCCAGAACCAGGUGGUUGGCUUUGUGAUCGCGCGCGUCAACAGUGCCUGGGAUCUGACACCCGAGGAGCACGUCGGGCUUGGACUCGCACCCACAGACGGCACCCACUUGCUUUACAUCCUGACUUUUGGCGUGCACGAGAAGUGGCGACGGCGGGGUUUGGGCGACCAGCUGGUGCAGGCUCUGGUUGGCUAUUCCCGCCUCAAUGGCCUGCGCUGCAUCUAUCUGCACACACUGGACCAGAAUGAGGCCGCCCAGCGCUUCUACAGGCAUGCUGGGUUCGUAGCCAAGCUGGAAAUUCCACGAUACUAUUCCCUCGCGUGA